AUGGCUUUUCAGCAACCUGCAAGGCAGCCCGCUCAGCGAGUGGUCCGUCCGGCUGCCGCUGUCGAACCCAGCCAGCACUCGCCCGCAGGUCUUCAGGACAGAGAGCCCGACCAGUCGCAGACAUCAUGGGUGCUCUUCUCCCCACCGACGGACGUCACCACAGCCUCAUAUCUCAGUGAAACCGAGCAUUCGGUAGAUACACCCGGUCGCUCGCGGGCCAGCGGCGUGGGCAGCCUCCACACCGCAGCGAGGUCCACCCAGACCGACGACUUUCGAUUAUCGCUCGCCUCCUCUGCCGUCGACGACAUUUCUGUUGACGAGGAUGCUGAACUCGACAGCCUCGACAGUCAUCUGCCCGAAUUCCGCUCCCAACCCGGUGACCAUGUCGCCUCUCACAGAAACAGCAUGCACGCCGCUGUGCCCGUCUUCCCUGCCCACGACGGUCUGGGUUCGUUCCGCCUCGACAGGCCUGCGCUGGGCCGCGAUGCGCAGGAGCAAAUCUACCAGUUUGAGCGCUUCAAUCCAAAGAGGUUACGAGUCGACCCUGCCGACAAUACGCACAUGGAGACGGACGCCGCUGAGACGCAAGAGGCGGCCAAGCGAGAGCGGAUCGAGGCUUGGCGGCUGGAGCACAGCCGUGUGCUCCUUGAUGAGGUGCAGCGGGAGACCAGACGCCGACGCAAGUCGCUCGUCUCCAUGCAUCGCCGCCACCUGUCCCAGUCGUCUGCCGAAGAUAACACGACCUGGCACGAUGACGAUGAUGCCACAACCACCGAGGCGCCCAGCGAAGACCGAGGCUUCCUCGCUCGCAUCACCCGCACCGUGGUCCAGGAUAUUUUUGGCAUCGACGAGAGGCUGCUGGACGUUCUCCUCGGCGAGGCUGUCAUCGACGAGGAGGAGCUGUCCAACACACCGCGCGCGUCGCAACUCAACAUGGGGCAGCCGCCGUCAUCACUCGACGAGGAGUCAUGGCAGCUGCGCAUCCUUGAGUCCGUCUCGCGCGAGCUCGGACGACUCGUCAACCACCUCUCACCACAUCACCCCGGCGCCUUCUCCACCUAUUCGCGGAUGCAACAAAUGCCUCUUCCCUACGCCGGUCUGCCCGUGAUCCCCGAGACGGCCGACCAGGGCAGUCUAGACCAUCCCAGCACACCGCCUUCUGCGCCCGAGUUCAAGCCCACCAUCAAUCACAACACGCAGCCGAUCACGAUACCCGGCAAGGGCAGCGAAGAGGAGGACAGCGGCAUCUUCACCAAAGACGAGUGGGAGCGCGACCUGGACAUUAAGCUCGUCUUUCGCUACCUCAUCUCUCGCUUUACGUCCCGCAACAACUCGUCACCAAGCAACUCGCCAUCCCACAAGACUACGACCAGCAUGCAGGAUGCUGCAGCUCGCGUGGCCCGCGUGCGUCAACAUCAUCCGCUGAUUGCCCGCUCGCGGCCGAUGGAGCGCCGGCCAUUCAGAGCCGUUGCGCCGAGCAGCCCCAUUGCGGCGCGGCCGCGCAGCAGCUGCGCCAGCCAGAGCACGCGACGCUCGGCGCGACGCAGCAGCACGUCUUCGAGGCACUACUGGGACAUUGGUGGUUCUCUCGGUACCGGCUCCAUGAUUGGGCCGCAAGGCCCGAUGGGAAGCUGGGGAGAGGUGUGA